CGCGUGUUAAACAGCCUCGCACCAUGCUCAUCGAAGCCUGUUCAUUAACGUUGCAUGGUUACUUGGCAGUUCCUCUCACUUUUGUGGGGCAUUCGUUCGCUGUCGCAUCCGUCGCAUCGCGGCAUGAAAUCGACUGCUCUUCAAGGAAUCUUUAGAUCACAUUGAUCCGCUUGCGGUCGCCGUGGCAGGUCCCAAAUUCAUUACUAUCCAAAGUCAUAAGCAAUGCCGGGCAUUGUUCCGUCUAUUGGGACGUACCUGGCCAUUCGCCUCGAUUCAGAGGCAAUGGUUAAGCACUUCGAGGAUGCUGAACUGUCGAGUGCAGCUCGAGCAAUGGACCCAAAGUUGUACAUUGGAUACGUUGCACAGUCGCAACAGCCGCCUCUACCCAAUAGACCAACGCACCAAUGUCAGAUUGCAUUCGUUGGCCAGGGCCUUCCACAACGAUCGAAAGAUGAAUUUACACCAGCCGACAUGUGCGUUCCAAUCUUCCCAAACACCGAGCACCCGCUUUCUCGCGACAAUCUUCGACCUUCGACACCAUUUCCAUUCCCGAACUGCUACCAAUACAACUCUGUUCAGUGCACCGUCAGGAUUCCCACCGCGGUAUACCCGAUUGAAGACGGACUCUUUCUUCCGCACACAGAGGUAUCCAAGCAUGAUCGAUAUGCGGUAGAGGAUGUCUAUCGCCGCAUGGCGCUGCGUGAUGGUAGACAAUCAGGCUUGGGAGGGAACGAGGGGACCUUUUCGUAUGAUUCUGGCACGGACUCUCAGAUAGAAUCCGAUCUACUUUCGAACGAUCGCGAUGAUCGAGACAACGCAGCUCAAGUAGUCCACAGAAAGGCGGACUCUGCUAGUCAUCUCGCGUCCGAUGAUGUCUCUGCCGCACCGCUCAACGACGGCCCUCCAUCCGGCGUCGACAGCAGUAGUCUCGAAGGCAGUAGUCGGCCCGAGUCCAUCACCCCGCCGGACACAGAACAACGCCAAGGCGACGUUCAGAGCGAUGACGACUCCGCUGUGUCAACGAUUGGAAGCGGAGCUGGCGAGAUGAUUCGGACUUUCACUUCAUCCAAUAUUGUCACGACAGACAUUAUUGCGGACGAGCCGGGCGCGGAUCCCGACGUCGUGCCAUUGGUUCAAAUAUCUCUCAAAUUGUCAGAAGUCGACAUCGUGAGGGACCCAUCGGGGUUCCUGGAUGAAGUGGCAGAGAUCGUACAACUGAUCAAGGCGUUCCGGGAGAGAGAACAGCACGAACUCGCCACUCGUAGCGUUCAGCGAAUGCAUGGGCAUACGGACAGCUCGAACGGUUCCUGGGUCGAUGUGGAUUCUUAUAUGGCCUCGCUGAUGAACAAUACAAAUGUCGAGGAGAACCAACAGUCACAAACGCCUCUGAAUUGGCAACAGAAAACGCGCGCGCGUGCUGCACGGGCAAUACGAAAUCCACAGCGGACAGCCGAAAAGGUGCUGUUACGGGUCCGGGGUGCACUGAGAUCUCAUUUGUGUUUGCGAUGAAUGGGCUGCUGGCACUGUGUUCGUCUCCUUUGUGCGUGCUCGUAAGAGCAUCCUUUCUUACAAUCUGGCCUAUUUAUUGCUGCAUUCAUACUCAUGGUGUUUCUUCAUGCGAACUCUUUCGUCGAUGUUCUCGGAAUAUCCUGGGCUGUAGUAACAUUUCAUCAAUCUUUCUACUGCACGCUAUCUCUCACAUGUUCAAUAUUACCGUUCAAUGCCUUAUCGUAAUGGAGUAGCAGUCGGGGCUUGCUACUAUCCGCAUCUGGCUGCUGUCCAGUUCGCUGUGCCUGUGCCUGCUAUACCACGUUGCGGGUGGUGCGUCUCAGCAUUUCCUUAUAAUGCAAUCCAAUGGUGGACCCCUGCUCAUUUUAGA